AUGAGAUCCCAUGUUACUGGCUGUUCUGAAAGCUGCAGGGGUCGGGGAUUUGGGUGGCAGGGCUCGGAAAGUAUAAAUAGCCAGUUCCCACUGUGCACCAGCAUCUCUGCUCCUUGGCUGCCAGCCCCUGCACUGAUCUCAGUUCGCGCGCGAUCCAGGAUGGCAGUUCCCCUGGAGCAGGCUCUGGCCGUGAUGGUCUCGACCUUCCACAAGUACUCGGCGAAGCAAGGCGACAAAUUCAAACUCAGCAAGGCCGAGCUUAAGGAGCUGCUGACCAAGGAGCUUCCGAGCUUCCAGAGCAAGCAAAUGGACGACGCUGAAUUUCAGAAGAUCAUGAGCGACCUGGAUGUCAACAAGGACAACGAGGUGGAUUUCCAGGAGUUCGCCUGCUUCUUAGCCUGCGUGGCCAUGGGCUUCAAUGACUUCUUCAAGGAUCAGCGCCAGAAACAGCUGCGUAAGAAGUGACCCCAGACGCCUGUGGGGCCGGGAUUCCUGU